UUUACAGUGACUUUACAAAAUUCGAUGGCUGCCGCCAUUUUGACCGCCAUGUUCUCUACAGGACGUGUGAUAUUUCCACUUGUGAUUUUGACAUUAGGCCUACGUGUGACUGUCACAGAAAAUAUCGAAGAGGAGGAUGAGCUCCUGCCAUACUGUAUGCUAGGAGAAGAUGAUGGUCGAUCAACCUUCCAACUUGGCAACGACAAUCAGUCUGUUUGUAAUCUGGGCUGGUACUUUGACUACAACCCCCAAAACAAAGGGCGCCCGUUGGGAUGUAGACGUUGCACAAGAGAUAAGAGUUUCACAAGUCACAGGAACUUUUGCCCAAGCUGCCAGGAAUGUCGUAAAUGCUCGCCCCAUAGUGAAAUUGAGUUGAAAAAAUGCACAAUUCGGGAAGACACGGUCUGUGUGAAUGCGAAUUUUACUAAUGGAACUAUUCCCUGGCCAACGGAAUUUGCGGAGUCGACUGUAGCUUCCGACGUCACAUCUUCUCCAAGACAAACUAUGACCAUAAAACAAAAUUCAACAGCAACAUCACCCCCACUGUGCACUUCAAUGUCAUCAAGUGAGCCUUCAACAGAAUCACGAACUUCGUCAACGCUCACAAAUUACGUGAUUGCCCUCAGCGUAACUUGCGUGAUUUUACUGCUGGUGAUUGGAGGUCUCGUUAUAUGUAUUUGCAAACUGCGGCGUGAAAAGAAGAAACACGCUGAUGUGGAACAUCGCCAAGAUGACGAGCAAAACGUCAAUGGGCAAAAUGACCCUAAUGUGGGUGCCGUGGCCGAUCGACCAGCUUCAAGCGGCGCGGAAAUGGAACCAUUUUUAGAAAAUGACCUCAAUGAGAGAGACAAUGGCCACCCACUCGACGAUGAGCAUCAGGUCUAACCUACGCAAAGGAAAAUAUUUGGAAGAUGUUCGAUACACAGUAUUGUCCAAUGGGAUAUACCUCCAUCUACACUUUGCUUCAGGACUUAUAGGUGCAUACUUUUAAUUGCACUAAACAAAGGUAUUAUUUAUAUCGACAGUCACGGGAACAAACAUUUCAUCACAUGGUGCCAAAAGCCAAGCACCAGGAGUUAAGAAGACGAUCUUUUUCGUCAACACCCUUCAAUCCCAUCAAAGGUUCCACCUCUAAGCUUACCCUACGGUCCAUGCAAAGCAGAAAAUUGGCAAAGAAUCACAGAAGUAGUAGAAAGUCAUCUCCCACAUCAAUGGCGCACAGCGUCCACAGCUUAUCUCACUGUAUCUUUUUGUGGCCUCAUUUGAAAAUUAAAGCAUUCGUUUCCCCUACCUGACCUACGCAGCAUUUCAUCGCGUUGUGGAAUUGAGUGAAGUGGGCAUUUUGAGGGAAGAUCGAAAAGUGAAAUGAACUACUGGUGGCAAGUAUGUUGGUAAAGGGAGGAGAACAUGGGAAAGGUGAUUAUUGGGAUGGUCUUGGCGAAGGAAGGCGAUUCCAAAAUGUUUUGAGUUGUCACAUUUGUGUGCUUUUGUAUUAUUUCAUCUUAGAUGUCUUAAGCUAGAUUUUGCUAAUCUGCACUGCCGAUGUCAACCACGGAUAUAGGAGAAAUGGACACGACGGUGUUUUUGGUAAUGAGGGUAACUCAGUAGUUUUGCUGGGAAAUGUUUGACUCCUGAAUUGACCCGAACAAGAAUCCGAGCCUGCACGUUUUUGUGUCUUGUAUUUUUUUUUUUUAUCUCUAAUGUCCUUGGACAAUUGUGUUCAUAACGAAAGUGGCCCAAUGUAGUUUAAUAAGUUUAUUGGAUCAUAUCUAUUAAUUAAAACAAAUGGUGCUCAGUAUGGAACGACCGGUCCUGGAGCUGUAACAGGGGUAUUACUGAAAAGCAUGUCCAAUGGUAUACCGGUCUAAGAUGCUUAAAAUAUGGACUGAUUUUAAAUAUGUAUAUAUGAAUACCCUUAGAAUUAGAAAUGUAUUUUGUUCAAAACACGUCCGACAACAGAUGUUUCAAAAACUUAUGUCCAUUGGAUUGUAAGUUUUAUUUACAUUUAGUUAUCUGGAAAUAACCAAAACAAAUUUAGUGCACAUCAAACUGUCCAGUGUGUGAAUUAAGUCUUUAAAUAAAACGGACUUUUGGAACUCCACAGUGUGCAAUAAAAUUUGAACUUUAUUUUCGGAUAAAAAGGUUGAUGUCUG